GUUUGACGUUGGUGCUACACAUUGCUGCAAUUCACCCUAGAAAUAGAGAAAGUGUUUCUGUGAAUGGACUGUGAAAUGGAUGUGAAACAUACUCUCGACGAAUCUAGCUUCUUAGUGCACUCAUUCACUAAAUCAAACAAAAGUGCAUGUUCAUUGAAUCGAAAAAAGUCGCUCUCGGUCCCCAUCAUUCCAUCACAGAAUGAAAAUUUUUUGUGUGUUCCAAAAGCGAUUCAUAGUGGGAUGAGGCAAAAACUGCCCGAGAUGGGAGUGGAAUUGCCUUUCGAUGACAUUGCUAUUCAUACGGAAUUUAAACAUACAACAGCUUAUCAAACAAUAACUAAAAGUGUUUCACAAUCUACACUGCCCAUUCCUGAAAAUUAUAGUUUUACUUCAGUGCAAAUUCAAAUCUACAAGCGACGGUGGUUUUUGCUAGUUUUGACCAUUCUUAAUAUAGCUGUAUCAUAUGUGCAAUGGAUACAAUACAGUAUAGUGGCCAAUAUAAUGGCAAAGUAUUAUAACAUUUCAUCAGCAUGGAUCGACUGGACAUCUAUGAUUUUUAUGGUGAUUUAUAUUAUUGCUGUGUUUCCUGUAUCAUACGUCAUGGACGUAAGAAACAUGCGACAGUCCGCAGUUAUUGGUACAGUUGGAACAGCGCUUGGGGCAUGGAUAAAAGUGUUUUCAACAGACCCGUCUCAGUUUCAAAUAGUUAUUAUUGGUCAAAUUAUUUCAGCAGUUGCGCAAGUAUUUUUACUCAGCAUUCCUUCGCGUUUAUCUGCUACAUGGUUUUCUCCUGAGGAAGCUUCUUCAGUAUGUGCGUUCGGAGUUUUUGGAGCUCAAUUAGGAAUUGCCAUUGGAUUUUUUCUCACACCUAUGGUUAUUGUAAAUCAUGAAGAGCUUAGUGCAAUUAGUAUUGAUCUUCAAGUUUUUCUUAUGGGAGUAGCUGGAAUCUCCACUAUGAUAGCAUGUAUGGUAAUAGCUGUAUUUAAAUCGGAACCACCAUUUGCACCGAGCCAUGUGCAGGCUUUACAAAGAACAAUGAAACCAAGACGCAAAGACUACUGGCCAUCUGUAGCACGACUAUUAAAAGAUGAAAACUAUCUAAUUUUGGUAAUCGCGUAUGGCAUUAACGUAGGCUUAUUCAAUGCGUUCUCGACAUUGCUCAAUCAAAUCGUGCUAAAUUAUUUUCCUGAUAGUGCAACCGAUGCUGGAAGAAUAGGUUUAGCAUUAAUUGUAUUAGGACUGAUCGGCUCGAUGGUUUUUGGUUAUUUACUUGACACGAGCCACAAGUAUAAAGCAACUGCUGUAUGGGUCUGUCGGCUCUCAGCAGUCACUUUAGUCAUAUUUGCACUGGCUUUGGAAAGUCGAUCCAAAAAAUUGUUGGCAGUAGCCUCCGUGUUUCUUGGUUUUUUCAUGACAGGGUUUCAACCAAUAGGAUAUGAGUUUGCGGCUGAGCUCACAUUUCCCGAACCUGAUGGGCCAGUAAUGGGUAUUUUAAAUAUUUCUACGCAGAUUUUUGGUAUAGUUAUAACAUUGAUGAUAUCAGGAAUUCAAAAAAUACUCGGAGAUCUUGUAGGAAACAUAGUUUUCGCAGCAUUUCUCUUACUAGACGGAAACAUCAUCGCUCUGAUUCGAUCAGAUUUACGACGUUAUAAUACUCAUUUGGAAAUAGAAAGCGAGGCUGCGAGGGAAUUCGCUGAGGAUGCUAGUGUACGCUACGGUGAUAUCUCAAUCUAUGAAGAUUCUCCCUUAAAACUGAAAAUAGAUGGCUGCAGUUGAUAGUAGAAUAUCUAGCUUUGUGGUCAAUAGUCAUCUUUAUCUAUACAGUCUGUUCCCGAGUUUCGUGGAUCUCGACAUACGCGUAUUUGGAUAUUGUGUCAUACCAGUACAAUUUGCUCCAAGAAUGUAAAGGAAAUUGCUUUUUUGCAAAAAAUAAACCAUUUAAAAACAUAACUAUAAAAAAAA